AUGAAGAAGAACACCAACCCACACUCGAAGACCAAUGUCGAGGCAAAGCACGCACACCAGAGUACUAGACCAGAGAUCGCAGUCGAUGCGAUGGCUGUCCAACAAGAACCAGACGUCGAGAAGAGUGCCACAACCAAAGCUCCAGCCUAUCCAACUCCACACAAACGCGAUGACAUCUUCCGCGCCGCUCGUACCUCCAUCAUCAACUUCAACCGCAGCACUCUCGCCCGCUUCGUCAAUCCCUUCCGAGUCGAGGCCCUGAAGUGUGCGCCAACCAAGUACCACGGCACCGGGUCCGAGAUCACCACCCUCCUCUUCGUCCGCAAGGAGUACAGCAGGAAGCAAAACCUCAAACUCGUCCGUGUCGGAACAGGAGCCUCUCGGCACUUCGAACUUCGUAUCGAGAUCAAGGGAGACAUUCCCGAGUCAAAGGGCCAGACUCCCAUGGGUCAGAAGGGCUUCGAUGCACAGCAGCGCUGGUGGGCAAAGAAUGGCAAGUCCUUCAACGUCCUCGGCCUGGCACAAGAGCUCCGAGAUCAAAUCUACGGCCACCUCUUCCCGACUCGCCUUUACCAGAUCCAGUUCCAUGAUGGCAAUCACACGUUUGGCCAAGGCUCUGAGAUGAGCUACCGCGAGCUCGAUCACACCCGCGUCGUCGUGGCAAAGCCAGAGCUUGCGAUCUUGCACACUAAUCGUCAGCUCUACGCUGAGACCUCCGACUUCCUGUGGAAGAACACCACGAAGUGCUUCCAACAGACCAGCGACUUCAGUCAGUUCCUCCACCACCGUCUCCAAGAUCCUUCAGACUUCAACACUCUCCGCUCCCUGGAAUUGAGCUUUAGCCACCGCGAGUACAUCUACCUCUUCAAAGUCCCCCUCCCUCCCUUCACACAACCGAGCACCGGCUGGAACAACGAAGUCAUCCACCUCUGGGGCUGCGACGGUCUUGCAGACAAGUUACCUACACUCACCCACGUCCAGAAGUUCUCCCUCCGCUUCACCUCGCCCUUUGAUGCGUUGAUCGAGGACCCUUGGGGAUACACUGGUGAUAAGAAUGGGCACGAGUGGUACACGGAUCGGAACGACAAUAGGGACGUGCAUGGAUUCCAAGCGACCUGUCUGAGAACUAUUGUGGAUUGGAUCCUCACCUUCGCCAAAAACUACAUCAAGCACUUCCCGGAGAUCGAGCUUGGAGGUGCGAUCAAGGAUUCGACGAAGCUCAAGUUUGAUGCGAUCUUCGCCGAUGAGAAGAAGGAGACCGAGCACGAUAUGACGGCAGCCAAGCAGGCUGUGGAGAACUGGCCAUCGUGGAAUCUACCACCGCCGUGCCAUUGCACCACACCAUGCGAGUAUGGAGCUUUCAGUAGCAUUGCUCAUCUCGUGAGUGGAUGUCCUGCUCCGAGAUGCCCGGCUCAUCGCUGGAGUGCGCGCAAUGAGAGAGAGGCGGUCAAGACGUUCAAGGAGUACCGCUUCGACUUCGAGGACUAG